CAGACAAACAAAUAACAAAUAACAAAAAGUAAAAGCUUUGUUUUCUUGUGCUGUGCUACUGCUGCUUCAACCCAUUUACUUUAAAUUAAAAAUCACUGCAUCCCUUUUGACUAAUCUCACCACUCCCAAUUCAAACCCUCAUUUUAAACCCCAUUUUCUCACACAACACCCUCCUCACUUUCUCUUCACCUUUCCUCACCUUUUUACAUGCCUUCUUCACCCAAUUUGAAUAAAAGUUGGAAUCUUUAGCAUUUUCUCUUUAUGGGUUUGAUUUCAUUCACAAUUUUAUAAGUUUUCUCACAUGGGUUUUUCAUUUGCAGCUGUAUUUAUCAAUCUUUAGUUGUAAUCUUCACCUUUUGUUUGAAAAAAAGUUGGGAUUUUUAGCCUUUUUCUUAUAUGGGUUUUUCAUUUUCAGCUGUAUUUAUCAAUCUUUAGUUGUAAACUUGAACUUCUGUGGAAAAAAAAUUGAAUCUUUAUUAAAAAAAAUGGAGAUUUUCAAGAUUUUCUUGAUUGGUUUACUCUGUGUUGGAACCAAUGCUGCUGUUCUUGAAGAUGAUAAAAGAGCAUUGUUGGAUUUAAUGCACAAUCUUGCACACUCUCGCUCACUAAAUUGGGAUUCCAACUCAACUACAGUGUGUAACAACUGGACUGGAGUCACGUGCAGUGAAGAUAGGUCACGUGUCAUCGGUCUCCGGCUUCCCGGAGUUGGUUUUCACGGCCAUAUUCCGGCAAACACCAUUAGCAGACUCUCAGCUUUGCAGAUCUUAAGCCUCAGAUCCAAUGGUAUUUCCGGUCCUUUUCCUGUUGAUUUUGUUAACCUCAAGAAUUUGUCUUUAUUGUACCUUCAGUUUAACCAGUUUUCUGGCCCAUUGCCUCUUGAUUUCUCUGUUUGGAAGAGUUUAACAAUUGUUAAUCUUUCUAACAAUAAGUUUAAUGGGUCAAUUCCAAGCUCCAUUUCAAGUUUGACCCAUCUUUCUGCUUUGAAUCUUGCUAAUAACUCAUUUAGUGGUCCGAUUCCUGAUUUGGGUAUGCAUGAUCUUCAAGUUCUUGAUCUUUCCAACAAUCAUCUCACUGGGGUUGUCCCAAAAUCACUUCAAAAGUUUCCAAAAUCAGUGUUUGUUGGUAACAAUGUGUCUGUUAUGUAUUCAUCUGAUGAGGUACCAAUUGUUAUGCCCCCUCAAAAGCCAAAUCAAAGCACGAAAAGCGGUAAAAAGUUAAGCGAGAAAGCGCUUUUGGGUAUAAUUGUAGCUGUUUGUGUCAUUGGGUUGAUUGGUUUUGCAAUCUUUUGGGUACUUUGUUGUUUGAAAAGGAAUAAGGGAGAUGGGAUUUCGUCGAAGCUCGAAAAAGGCGGAAUGUCGCCCGAAAAAGCGAUUUCGAGAACGCAAGAUGCGAAUAACCGGUUGGUUUUCUUUGAGGGGUGUAAUUACGCGUUUGAUUUGGAAGAUUUGUUGAGGGCUUCGGCUGAGGUUUUGGGUAAGGGUACUUUUGGGAUGUCGUAUAAGGCGAUUCUUGAAGACGGGACGUCUGUCGUGGUGAAGAGGUUGAAAGAUUUGAGUGUCGGGAAACGUGAGUUUGAGCAGCAGAUGGGGAUCGUUGGGAGUAUUAAGCACGAGAAUGUGAUCGAGUUGAGGGCGUAUUACUACUCGAAAGAUGAGAAGUUAACGGUUUGUGAGUAUUACAGUCAAGGGAGCGUUGCCGCUAUGUUACAUGGUAAUAGAGGGGAAGACCGGGUCACAUUGACUUGGGAAACCCGUCUUCAAAUAGCGGUCGGUGCGGCCCGCGGCAUCGCUCGGGUCCACACCGAAGCAGGCGUGAAGCUCGUUCACGGCAACAUUAAAUCGUCAAACGUUUUCCUAAACUCCCAAAACUAUGGGUGCAUCUCUGACAUCGGUUUGUCAACAGUCAUGUCACAAAUUGCCACCCCGAUUGCCCGGGCCGCGGGUUACCGGGCCCCGGAAGUCACCGACACCCGAAAAGCUACCCAGCCUUCGGAUGUCUAUAGCUUCGGUGUGCUCUUACUCGAGCUGUUGACUGGUAAGUCACCGGUCCACACCACGAGUGGCGAUGAGGUCGUUCAUUUGGUUCGGUGGGUCCACUCAGUGGUGCGGGAAGAGUGGACCGGAGAGGUGUUUGAUGUGGAAUUACUAAAAUACCCCAACAUUGAGGAGGAGAUGGUGGAGAUGUUGCAGAUUGCAAUGUCGUGUGUCGCAAGGGUACCUGAUCAGAGACCGAAAAUGACCGAGGUUGUUAGAAUGUUGGAAGAUGUUAGACGGAGUAAGGUACCGGAGAACCGGCCUCGCUUGCCGGAAAGUUCGACGCCGCCAAGGCCGGAGAUUUUUGAGACGGAGUCGUCGGGUGUUUAACGAGUGUUCAGUUCUUGCUUCAUUAACUCGAUGAAUUAAUUUAUGAUGGCAUUAUUUUGUGUUGUAUCCUUGCAAAGUUUUCAUAGUAUUUAUUCUGUAUGCAAGAUUUAAUUUUAAUCUGAGUUAAAUUUCUACUUGUUUUAUUUGUGAUUGUGGUCUGUUAUUUAGUUAGUUAAGUUGUAAUGAGCUUUUCAAUUUUA